AUGCAGCGCAACCAGACCAGCGUAGACAGCGAAGCCGGCAGAACCAGCGUAGCCGCAGCUGCAGACAUCAAGGACAAGGCGGAUGCAGUGAAGAUGCAGGCGGAGUGCCAGACAGAACUGCCAAGGCUCAAGGACCUCGUGAAGCAGCUGGAGGGGAAGGUGGCUGCCUUGGAAGGAGAAGUGGAGUCUCUGAGAGGAGGCACAACCACGACGACCACGAAGAAGGUGGUCUCUGAGUAUGCGAAGUGGAUGGAAGGGGCAGACGUGAUGGAGGCUGAGGAGGCGCAGGUUGAGGCCGAGGUCACUCCUACCACUUCCACCACUUCCACCACCUCCACCACUUCGAGUGAGGAUCCACUCCAACAGGAGGUGAGAGAGAUGGAGAGCAAGGUGAGCAGCAGCCAGGACCUGAAGGCGCGAUUGAAGAGGGAGUUGGAGGAGUUGCCGGAGGAGAAGUUCGGCUUUGCCAAUCUCAGAGAUCGAUGUUUGGAGUUCAAAACGUCGGAGUACACCUACAAGUUGUGCUUCUUCAAGGACGCAAAGCAGUCCUUCACCAGAUUAGGAAACUGGGCUGGCGCGGAGCCCGGAAGGCAGCUGCCAACUUUGGAAACCACCAGUGUGCGCAAGUGCGGCCGACUCCAAGAUUCUCUCGUUUCAUUCCUUGCGUGCAGGCAUGUGAUCAGACGCGUGCGCCGAGAAAAAUAUGUUUGUAGGGAAUACUUGUUUGUGAGUAACAGCGUCGAGCUUUGACCUUUGAUUGACAUGCCAAACCUAUCUUGACAGGCGCAGCUGUCCUUGCCACCGACCAGACAUUUGAAAUGUGUGUAACAUUUUGGUGAGAAGGAUCAAAUCUUGCUUACUUUUUGUUUUUGACCCUUGGCCUGACCUGCAUCCUUCCAUGUUUUGCGCAGCUGGGAUAACGAGGCGCGGGUGACCUUCAGCUUGCAGAUCAUGACCGACUAUGUGGAGGGCAACUCUUCCCCGGAUGUACCCCAUGCGCCAGGCAGACCAGGUCCUGCUCAUCGCUCCAGCUGUCAACGCCCGGCCUGUGCGCGGGCGCUGGGUGCCCCGUGACGCAACAUUUCUUUUUGCCCCGCGUGCGUGCCGCUACGAAAGCGCCAAAAAAUGUCCAUGAGGGUGACUUUCUGGGUUGUCUACGG